AUGCAUUUUUCCACGCUCACAGCUCUAGCGCUAAUAAUCGCACCUCUGGUUAGCGCUGAUUCAAAUGCAGACGCUGUGGAAUUUCAGGCCAUCUUGAGCGAUGUCAACAACCAUUUGAGUGACUACAUCUCAUUAGCCGUUAACGAUCCUAGUUUUACCGUACCAUCUGGCGUGUUGGAUGUAUACACUCAGAUGACGACUUACACGGAUGACGCUUACACUACGUUAUUCAGCCAGCUCGACUUUAGCAGCAUAAAUGCCGUGAUGACUGCAUUACCCUGGUAUUCCAGCCGGUUAGAGCCUGAGAUACAAUCUGCGUUCAAAGCCAACAGUAUAACCGAUACCUCGAUUGGACCAAAAGUGACUGAUUCCGCAUCUUCAAUGCAUUCGUCAUCGAACGCGGUAUCAACUACCACAGCAAGCAGCGGUAAAUCCAAUGCGGUAUCGACUGUCACAGCAAGCAGUGGUAGUUCUGCUGCUAGCGAGACUACCAGCGUCUCGUCUACUUCAUCUGCAGACUCUUCCACAUCUUCCGUUAGCUUGUCGUCUACUACCUCCAGUGCUCCAUCAUCGACUAAGACUUCUAGUCAUAGCGCUGCUGCCAAUCUCAACGAACUGAAUACGAUAUUAGGAAUUUUCGUCAUCGGUUCGGUUGCGAUGUUCUUCUGA